AUGGCUGGCCAAACACCCGACUCCUGGGAGGAUGAGCUCUCUAGACAGACUGAGGGCGUCAGCCUGAACCAAAACGCACAAUCGCGGCCACAGGCUCAGGCUCCUUCCUUCCAGCCUGGGGCUGCCACUUUCCAGCCCGGCGCUGCUUCUUUCACGCCCGGAGCCGCUGCUUUCGUGCCUGGGCAGUCGUUCCAGCAAUACGGCGGUUACCCGUCCUACGGCCAGUACGGCCAGCAGGCCUACGGUGGUGGCUAUCCCGCUUACGACCAGCAGCAGGCAUAUGGCCAAUAUGCUGCGUACGGUCAACAGCCCGGUAACUUCAACCAGUAUGGUGGGUAUAACCAGCAGCAACAGUUUACCCAGCAACCUCGUCAGGCCGCCCCAGCAGCUGCCCAACAGCCCAAGGCUCCCGCCCAGCCCGCCCAAUCCGCUCCCAAGCCGGCCGCGAACACUGCCGCUCCCCCCAAGGCUAAGGUUCUGUCCAUCGGCGGCGCCAGUGCUUCGACUGCCGCUCCCAAGACCAAGGUCCUCUCGAUUGGAACCCCCUCGCCCGCGAGCACACCCGCAGCCGCCUCCCGAUCCGAUACACCUGGUGACAGCAAGGGCACUGCUGCCGUUGAGGCAGGCGCUAAGGUGACCGCCAGCAAGGCUAUUGACAAGACGGAGAAGAAGGCCGAACAGAAGAGCGGCAAGUCCUCGCCUACCCCCUCUGGCCGAUCGAGCCCCGGAAGAUCCAGCCCGUCUCGAGGCGAAGUCGCUAAAGCGGCCCGGCACGCCGAUGCUGUUGCAAAUGAGCAACGAGCCGAUGUUGACGACGCAACACUGAAGGAAAUUUACGGUGAGAGAAAGGAGCAUGUCAACAUUGUUUUCAUCGGACACGUCGACGCCGGAAAGUCCACUCUGGGAGGUUCUAUCCUGUACUGUACUGGCAUGGUGGAUGAGCGAACCCUGGAGAAAUACAGGAGAGACGCCAAGGACGCCGGUCGAGAGACAUGGUAUCUGUCUUGGGCUCUGGAUUUGACAAACGAGGAGCGCUCCAAGGGAAAGACUGUCGAAGUUGGACGUGCUCACUUCAAGGUCGACGUUCCGUCGCCCGAUGGUCCUAUCGAGAGACACUUCUCCAUUCUGGAUGCUCCCGGUCACAAGUCCUAUGUUCACCACAUGAUCGGUGGUGCCUCCCAGGCCGAUGUCGGUGUCCUGGUCAUCUCUGCCCGUAAGGGUGAGUAUGAGACCGGUUUCGAGAAGGGUGGUCAGACUCGCGAGCACGCCCUGCUUGCAAGAAAUACCGGUGUCAAAAACCUGAUCAUCGCUGUCAACAAGAUGGACGACAUCACUGUCGAAUGGUCUAAGGAGCGUUUCGAUGAAUGUACCGUCAAGGUCUCGAAGUUCCUGGAGGCUCUCGGCUACAAGAAGAGUGACCUCUUCUUCAUGCCCAUCUCCGCUCAGAGGACCUUGGGUAUCAAGGAUCGUGUCUCAACGGAGCUUGCACCAUGGUACGGCGGCCCGUCGCUCAUCGAAUACCUCACCGACAUGAAGAUGCCCGAGCGUAAGAUCAAUGCCCCAUUCAUGAUGCCAGUCAGCGCGAAAUACCGUGACUUGGGUACUAUGGUUGAGGGUCGUGUUGAAUCCGGAGUUAUCAAGAAGAACGGAAGCUGUCUCUUGAUGCCUAACCGUACCGAAGUUCAGAUCGCCGCUCUUUAUGGCGAAACAGAAGAUGAGAUCUCGACCGCCACUUGUGGUGACCAAGUUCGCAUGCGUCUCCGAGGUGUGGAAGAAGAAGAUAUCUCUCCUGGAUUCGUUCUCUGCUCUCCCAAGCGUCCUGUGAACUGCGUGGCUGCUUUCGAGGCCAAGAUCAGGAUUCUCGAGCUUAAGAGCAUCCUUACUGCUGGCUACAACUGCGUUAUGCACGUUCACUCUGCCGUCGAAGAAGUUACAAUUGCCCAGCUCCUGCACAAGUGUGAGCCUGGUACCGGCCGGAAGAGCAAGCGCCCACCUCCAUUCGCCAGCAAGGGCCAGACGAUCAUUGCUCGUCUCGAGGUGACUGGCACUGCUGGUGCCGUCUGUGUCGAGAGAUUCGAAGACUACAACCAAAUGGGACGAUUCACCCUGCGAGACCAGGGACAAACUGUCGCCAUCGGCAUGAUCACCAAGCUCAUUACGAACGAGACCGAAUAA